UAUAUAAACCGUGGCUGCCUCCAUUAACUAACCAACCCAGUUAUAACAAUAAUCGGCAAAAUGUCAAUUUGGUUCAUCACCGGCGCAUCCUCCGGAUUCGGGCUGGACCUGGCCCUACUCGCCCUAGAAUCCGGCCACAAGGUCAUAGGGACGGUGCGGAACGCAAGCAGAGCAUCCGCUGCCGUAUCGGCAAUCAAGGCCAAGGGCGGCGAGGUCCUCGAACUGGACGUCACAAAGGCCGAGAGUAUCCCCGGAGUCGUGGAGCAGGCGAACGCAAUCUAUGGCGGGAUUGACGUUCUUGUUAACAAUGCGGGAUAUUCCCUUCUUGGGGCCGUGGAGGAUAUGAAAGAGGAAGAAGUAAAACUGCAAAUGGAGACGAAUUUCUUCGGUCCAUUCCGACUGAUCAAGGCGUUUCUGCCGACCCUCCGGUCCCGCGGGAAUACCACCAUUGUCAAUAUCAGCAGUAUAGCAGGCCAGGAUGCACAGCCAACAUGCGGUCUGUACGCGGCAUCCAAGUUCGCGCUCGAGGGACUAUCCGAGGCUCUAUCUCGUGAAGUCGCCGCAUUCGAUAUCUCCGUCUUGAUCGUUGAACCGGGUGCGUUCCGGACGAAUUUCCUAUCCGCGGCGCAGCCUACCGAGACGUCGCUUUCGGAGCCGUAUAAGGGCGGGAUUGUUGAGACUGUGUUGGGGAAGUUUGACGCUGCGCAGGGGAAGCAACGAGGUGAUCCGGUCAAGGCGGUUAGGAGGGUGUUUGAGGUUGUGACGGGGACAGGGCAGGCUGGGGGGUUGAAGGGGAAGAUAUUGAGACUACCGCUGGGACCGGACUGUGUUGAGCGGAUUGAGGCGAAGAUGGGGAGGCUGCAGAGUGAUUGGGAUACGACGAGAGAGGUUGCUCUAGGGACGGACCUUUGAUAGCAUACAUGCAUAGAGGAUCGAAACUGGCCCAACUAUGAUCUCACUUGGCUAGACCUCUAUUAGGAAUUAGUGGCGAUGGUAAAUAUGAUUUUUACAAGACCAUUAAUGCUUGUCUCUUGUGGCUUUCCCAGUGUGAUAUACGGACAGCCACUCCAUACAAGCAGUCACAACUACACAAUAUGAUAAUAUCAGCCCUC